AUGACGUCGAUAGGCACGGGCUACGAUCUCGCCAACUCCAUCUUCUCCCCCGACGGACGCAACUUCCAGGUCGAGUACGCAGUCAAGGCGGUCGAGAAUGGCGGCACCUCGGUCGGCAUCAGGUGCAAGGACGGUGUUGUCCUCGCCGUGGAGAAGGUCAUCACAUCCAAGCUGCUAAAGCCUGGCGCAAACAAGCGGAUCGCCACCGUCGAUCGGCAUCUGGGUGUGAGAUGGGGAGGAAUGUGUAUCACAUCUCCCAUCAUGCAACCCCCAUCCUCCCUCUCUCUUCAAGAUGUUCACCUAUCAUUAUUCUCCCCCAGACAAGCUAACCCUCUCCCGUCCUCCGUGCAGGUCUACUCCGGCAUGGUCCCCGACGGCCGCCACUUCGUCGACCGCGCCCGCGACGAGGCCCGCGCCUGGCGCGACACCUUCAAGACGCCCAUCGGCACCGCCGAGCUCGCCUCCCGCAUGGGCGGCUACCUCCAGGCCUACACCCUCUACCAGUCCGUCCGCCCCUUCGGCAUCACCGCCAUCAUCGGCGGCUUCGACUCGGAGCACGAGCUCCCCGUCGACGGCGAGGUCGGCUCGGGCCCCAAGGUCGGCGCCGGCGGCCGCGUCGAGGGCAAGAAGCACGGCGGUCCCUUCCUCUACAUGGUCGAGCCCUCGGGCAUGUACUGGGGCUACUACGGCGCCGCCACCGGCAAGGGCCGGCAGGCGGCCAAGGCCGAGCUCGAGAAGCUCGACCUGUCCGGAGGGGAGAGCGGCGGCGGCCUGAGCCUCGAGGAGGGCGUCAAGGAGGCGGCGCGCAUCAUCUACGUCGCGCACGACGACAACAAGGACAAGGAGUUUGAGCUCGAGAUGACGUGGAUCAGCAGCGCCGACGGCCCCACCAAGGGCCGCCACGAGGAGGUGCCCAAGGCCAUGCGCGAGGAGGCCGAGCGGUUAGCGAAGAAGGCGCUCGAGGGCGACGAGGACGACGAGGACGAGAAGAAGGACGAGGACGAGGACAAGAUGGAGGAGUAA